AUGACCGCUUCUCAGCUCACUCCCAGAGCCAACACCGCCUCGCUGCUCCCCGAAAAGUCUCUUCCACCAUCACGACUGCCAUCAUCGUCCGCAACGACCUUGUACUCCGCCUACACCCUCAAGGCUCUUCCAGCUCGUCCCGCAGUGCAGCGCAGCCACACAGAGUUCGCGUCAACCAGCAGCGAGCCGGUCCAAGAUUCCCUCGUGCACUCGCAAGCUGCGCAUUCUCGCUCGAGCGGCAACAUUCCUGCUUCUUUCCUCGAUUUCGACUUCGACACACCCAAACGCCCCUUUUUUGCGCCUUCAGCAACCAGCGACUUCCCUGCGAUUGAUACAAGUCCUCAGCAACAUCAGUCACCCCAAUCUCCGAAACGACAGGCAAGUGUUUCCUCUGCUAGCAUCGGAGCCUCGCCGUCGCAGGCUUUCUACUCGCCUCGUUGGCCACCCCAGUCUCCAAGAACAAACCAACAGUUCGCGCAGACUUCGCCUAUGCCUUCUGGCCAGCGUUCUAGCUCCAGCCGCAGAGCGCCACGCCCCUCGCUGCCAUCGCACUGGAAGACGGGUAUGGAGCUCAACAACGAUGCACCUGCCAUGCCGCCCUGUCUGAGCUUAUCGGAUGCUAUCAGCUCGCCAAAGCCCUCCGCUGCUCUGGAUUCUGCCCACCAGCAAGACCACAGCGGCCAGUCCUCUCCAGCCAGUCGAAGGCUCAGUUCGCAUCACUCGCACUUCUCACCCGACUACUCUCUUCGAGGCUCAUCGUCGACCCACACGUCUCUGUGGACCGAGAGAAGCUUGCCCAGCUGCGAGACAAGUCCUACCUGUGCGCAAUUCCAUCCUGCUUCGGAGGCAGUACUUACGGAUGCGGACAGCAAAGUCACCGAAACAGCCGAGCUCGCUGAAGAGCUUGACGAGGACUCGGUGGGACUGGGCAUCACUUCGGACCUCGGCCUGGACGUCUCAAGCCGCAGAUCUAGCGCCGCUCCAGUGAUGCCCUCACCCAUGCUUCCUGGCAGCGCAAGAGCUCUGCAAGGCCCAUUCUCGCACCAUCGCGCCCCUUCCUGGACCAGGCGCAUGGACGCCUCUCCGCUUGCUGGUCUCCCUCCCCAGCACCAGGUGGGUGGACAUGCAGACAGCUUGAUCGCGCCCGCAGAAGCUGGCCUGCGUUCGUUGGGAUUGAAUGUCAUGCCAAGCAUGCAGAGGGCCAUGAGCGAUGUCACCCCGGUCGCGGCCGCCAAUGAAAUGAUCGCAGCUGCUGUCGCCUCUGCAUCGCCAUUGGCCAAACCCUCCAUUCCGCUUCGUCGCGACUCCCGUACCCGCUGCUCGUCGGACUCGGCCAACUAUCUCCCAGCAGCGGUCAGCGCGACACAGCAUUCGCAGACUCUGUCGUCUUCCAUCUCCAGUCCGACCUGCUCUUCCGUUCUCACCCCGACAUCUGGCGAGAUCGGCGGAAGAAAUCUCCCCGAACUCCAGAGCCCGCCGCGCACCAGCUCACUGAGACAGUCGCCAUCCAUGGGAUCGCUCCGAACUUCGCCCUUCACAGACAGUUCGCCACGCACUUCGCCCUACCGCCCCCCAGCCUUGGCGAACAACAGGCCCAGUCGCCCAUCUCUGCAGCGCAUUUCCACCAUCGACGAUCUCAACACGACCAUUGAUGACCUCAGCGACUCUGUCGAUGCUUUCCAGCAGGCAGCAGAAGGCGGUCCGAGGCGAGACUCGCCGUCGAGAAUCUCUUUGCGUACCUCGUCGGCUGCGUCGCGCGCACGCAGAGUGUCCGACGUGUCGAUCAACAGCUUCUUGCACAAUGCCGAGUUCAGCCACAUUGUCGGCGCGUACACCAGCAAGAUGCGCUGGGAGGAGGGUCUCUACGACUUUGACGAAAGCGUCGAGACAGACGUAGACGAGUCCAAGGCGGUCAAGACCGCCGAGGAGGGUAGCGCCACCAUCGUUGAAGGCCGUGACUUGACCAUGGCCCAGAUCGAGGCCGAGACGGGCCCUAACACGACCCACCUUCUGCUCGGCGGAAAUCGAGCAGAGGGGCUCGUCGAGGUGCUGGAGCGCGCCUUGCCGCUCGCUUGCAACCUGCUGGUCCUGGACUUAUCCAAUUGCGCUUUGCAGCGUCUUCCUGAUGCCAUUGGCGCUUGUGUCGCGCUCGAGGAACUCGACCUCUCCGGCAACCCCGUGGGCGACCUGCCCGACUGGAUGCUCAAUCUGCGUGCCCUGCGAACGCUGUCGGUCGACUCCACCGGACUGCAGCACCUUCCAUCAAGCUUGAUUCAGCUCCAAGAGCUGCAGCGUCUCAGUCUGCGCAACAAUCAGCUCCUCUUCCUGCCAAGCUGGUUGCACCGUAUGUCCAAGCUCAACUAUCUCUUUGUCGAAGGGAACCGCUUUGCUGGUCCGUGGCAAGGUAUUGUGGCGCCUCUGCUCUCGCCUGCUCAUCAAACGACAACAAAUCCCUUGCUGGCCGCACAAGCGCACUUGGCCAACGACGAGCCGUUCGAGCCCCGCCAAUCUGGCCUUCUCGAUCAGCCGCUACCCGCACGACCCUUCAUGGCCCGUAUGCGCAGCGCGAAUGACCUGCAAAACAUGCUCAGGGGCCAUUUCGGUUCUCCUACGCCGCCAGUAUCGACGCCGGACUCCCAGGACGACGACAGCGGAUACAUCAGACCUCAAGAGGUGAGCUCGCGACCUGCGACUGGCUACGAGGACCAAGUCAUCGAACAUGCCAAUGUCGAAGUGGUCGGCCGACGUCUCUCGAACGGAGGCAAGUGGGGUGGCUUCCUCAAGAAGAUCGGUCGCAAGGCUUCGAGCCAGAGACUGGCCAGCAUGUAUCAGGAGCCGAGCCCCACUCAAGCCAGCUUCCCGUCGCCGAGAGCGGCGCGUAAAUCGCUUCGCUUGGCCGCCAGCGCCAGGAGGACCAACUCGAUCGUCUCAAAGAGCGCAGCAGCUCCGCUGAUGGUUGCUUCUCAGUCCGAGCCUGUCCCCUCCUCGAUUGCCCUCGCAUCUCACAGCCUGUCCGCUGCUAUGGACGGCGACAGCAACACCGAUCACCUUGCUGUCGCAUUUGACCUUCCAUCUGGGCCUGCCACGCCCUCGGAGUCGGCCGCUCUCUUGCAGCCAUUCGUGUCGGACGCAGAGGCGAAAAAGAAUCGAAGACGCACUUUCCUGCCCGUGCACGCCUUCGCAGUACCUGCUCCCACCGGUUUGACCGGCGAUGAUGACGCAGAUGACUCAGUGCAUCCUGCCUCCCCGAUGGAGAUGGAUGAGGAGAGCCUUCACCAGCACCGCACUCGUCUGCGUGCUCUCAUGCACUACCUGCGCGAUCUUGACGACCUAGCCGCUGCACGAACCGAAGCGGCCUCGUUUGUCGGACCCAGCAAGAACAACCUGGCGCAGCUCCGCGACACCGGCAGCCACUCGCGCACACCAAGCAUGCAUCGAGCAGAGUCGAGCAACCCGUCCACCAAGUCGCGAGACUCGAGCGGGGACUACGUUGCCAGUACGGCUGCCAGCUCCGUCUCGGAGACUGCUACGUGUGAUUCGGCUCGCAUGAGCACCGCACACUGCACCAAGGACGACUCGAUCCGACGAUUCCGCAUCAUUGCAGAGAUUGUGUCAACAGAGCGCACAUACGUCAAGGGUCUUAGCGAGCUGGUCGACAUCUAUGUCAAGCCAGCCAUGGCGCCCGCGGAUGGCAACAGCGGCGUUCCCGUGGUUCCGCCCACCGAGCAUCGCUCUGUGUUUGGCAACGUCGAGGCACUGCUGCGGUUCCACCGCACCGUCUUUCUGCCUUCGCUUAUCGCCGUGACAAGCCCUGUCCUUGAGCACGAUCAAGAUGCUCCAGGCGAGAUGAGUGCUCAAGAGACCGCGGCUGUGGCAGAGAACGUGGCUUCGGUCUUCUCGAAGCAUGCUGCUUUCUUCAAGAUGUACUCGAGUUACAUCAACAACUGCGACUCUGCCCAGGAGCGCAUCCACGCCUGGAUGGUGCCGUCUUCGGCUACUCAUGGCGGAGGCUUGACCCUGCGAGGACCGGGUUACGGAGCUCUACAGGCACUGGGAGCCAUGUCUGCGCAUCACGGCACCGCCGCCGCAGCAUUCGCCCAUGGCUUCACGCCGGCCAUGAUGGCCGCCGGCCCUGGCUCUGGUAUCUUCGGCAACGACGGCCAUCUCUCUCCUUUGCAGCGCAAGAAGAUCAAGACAUUCAUGCAGCGCUGCCGUACGCAUCCUCGACACGCGCAGCUCAACGUCGAAAGCUACCUGCUGCUACCAGUGCAAAGGAUUCCGAGAUACCGUCUGCUCCUGGAGGACCUGGUCAAGAGCACCGACACUGCUCGUCUGACUGAUGCCGACGCCCUUGCAGCCGCGCUGGAGCAUGUGACGCAGAUCGCGUCCAAAGUCAACGAGAGCAAGCGCCAGUCCGAGCAGGACCGACGAUUGCUCGGGUGGCAGUACCGCAUCCGAGGCUCGAUCGGUGAGCCGUUGGUGCAGCCUCACCGUCGACUGCUCAAGGAUGGAUCUCUGCAGCUCAAGCGAGUGGUCCGCCGCGUUCCCGGAUUUGUUCGUUCCAGCAGAAGUGCAUCCGUCGGCGGUGCUGGGCCGCAACGAAACAGCAGCAUGCUGUCGCCUUCCGGCCUGCCGGGCCAAAGUCAUAUCCUUUCCGCGGACCAUCUGCAACAAGUGACCGAGGAUCAGCGCAUGUCCAUGAUCCUGUGUAGUGAUGUUGCAGUCCUGUGCACCGAGCAGACGAGGAGCAAAGAUCCUAGUGCGCCUGUCUUGCUCCGCUCGAUGCUGAAGCUCGUUCGACCCGUCGAGAUCCUUGGCGGUGUCAACCUGCGCAUCGUCGAUGGUGCCGAGAUCCUCUAUCUUCAAGCAUCAUCUGCAGAAGACGCCGUGGCUUGGAAGACCGCCUUCGACCUUCAUUUUUAUCAGUGA